GAGUAAACAGAGGAAGUGAGCCUGUCAGUUUAGUACUAGUUGCAGCAUGGAGUCCGUUCAGCUGCUGGUUCUGGUUCUGAUGUGGAACCAGUCCUCCGGAUCUCUCCUUCAGAACCAAACAAAGACCCGGUUCCCCCCCCUCUUACCACCGACCCAGACCCGGUUCUCCCACCCGGUUCUGCCGGUUCUGCUGCAUGUCUCCUCGGUGUUUCGGCGGGUGGAGCGGCGCUUCCUGUCCGUCACCAUCGACUCCAGCCUGGCUUCAGAGGAGAAGUUCAUGUCGCUGCUGGGCUCUCCAAAGGUCCGGACUCUGGCUAAAGCUCUGAGUCCAGCGUUCCUCCGGUUCGGGGGAACGAGACAAGACUUCAUGGAGUUCAGCCCGACCCGCCGGGGCUCUUCUUCCUCUGCAGAGAAGUCCUGCUCUGCCCGGCUGCUGCCCUCCUGGCUGGAGCAGCGUCUGAAGAAGGAGUGGAGCCGACAACAAAUCCUCCUGAAGAGGGAAGAUCUGCACAGGAAGUACAAGAGGGUCAAGUUCACAGAGUACACGGUGGACAUGCUGCACUCCUUCUCUAACUGCUCCGGUCUGGAUCUGAUCUUCGGGCUGAACGCUCUCCUCAGAACCUCAGAGAACAUCUGGAACGGCAGCAACGCUCGAUCUCUGCUGCAGUACUGCGAGUCCAGAGGGUACCAGAUGGACUGGGAGCUGGGCAACGAGCCCAACAGCUAUGAGAAGAAGGCGGGGGUGCGCGUGGAUGGGUUUCAGCUGGGAAAGGACUUCGCCCUUCUCAGAGAGAUGAUGUCAGAGUCAAAACUUUAUCGACACGCCGGGCUUUACGGUCCUGACGUUGGUCAGCCUCGAAAUCACCGGACCGACAUCCUGCAGGGGUUCCUGCAGAGUGGAGCGGGGGUGGUGGACGCCUGCACCUGGCACCAUUACUAUGUGAACGGCAGGGACACGUCUCUGGAGGAUUUCCUGGACCCAGAUAUCCUGGACACUCUGACCUUAAAGACACUAGAAGUCCUGGAGAAAGUGAAGCAGGCGUCUCCAGAGAAGCCCGUGUGGCUCGGAGAGACGAGCUCUGCGUUCGGAGGAGGAGCCGCCGGUCUGUCGGACACCUUCGUCGCCGGAUUCAU